AUGGAGUGGUUAAAUGAAACUGCAAAGCUAGGAGAAAUACGACUGCCAAGAUACUACUAUCCAACGGUACCGUCAUUCGAUAAUGUGGAAUUACACGCUUUCUGUGACGCGAGUGAUAAGGCCUUCGCUUGUGUGAUCUACAUGGUUCAUCGUCGAGAGGGUAAGUCACACGUUGCUUUAGUUUAUGCAAAAUCAAGGGUAGCGCCCCUGAAGGCACAAACCGUGCCACGAUUGGAACUGCAAGGAUGCGUUCUGGCCAGUCAAAUGAUCCAUGUACUGCAGUCAGAGCUGACGAUAGAAGUCAAGAAGAUUUUCUUCUGGAGUGACUCGAAGAUCUGUUUGAGUUGGAUGAAGACAAAUCAAAAACUGACGGCAUACGUUGGUGCUCGCGUUAUGCAAAUCAAAGAGAAUGGUCACGGCGUAGAGUUGUGGCAUUGGCUUCCGUCGCAGCUGAACGUGGCCGAUUUGGCUACGAGGUGGUCUAAGUUUGGCAGCAUGCUAGAAUGGGUUCGUGGUCCAGACUUCAUUUAUCGUGAUAGUGUCAACUGGCCGAAUUACGAACCGUUGGAGAUGUCUUCUGCAGAGCUUGUGAGUUUCCACUCGGAACUGGAUUGCACGGAGCAGAUCAACCGCAUACUACCUGAAGAUGAGAAAACUUUUAGCGUUGCCGAAAUGCGAAAAACCCGAACGAUUGACGAUAACUAUGAAAGACAUAGUAGAUGCUAG